CGUGCUGCAGCUGUGGUGGCUGCACAGUGCUGCACUUCACCCGCUGGCCACUGGGCAGGGUCCAGGGCCCCUGGCCAGGGGCAGCCCAGGCGCCCGCGGGGGUGGGAGGACCGUGGACCUGCAGCGCAGCCCUCUGCCGCCGCCGCCGGCCCUGACGCGCCCCCUCCUCACCCCCAGGCGAAGGCGUCCGGCUCUCCAGGACCGGCCGGCAUGGCGCCCGCGGAGCCGCCCGCGGAGAAGCAGGAGGAGCCGGAGCCGGGGCCGGAGCAGCGGGCCUGGCGCUGCCUGGUGGGCUACCUGUGCUUCUACGGCUUCACGGCCCAGCUGCGGCCCGGGGAGAGCUUCAUCACCCCCUACCUGCUGUCCCAGGACAAGAACUUCACGCAGGAGCAGGUGACCAACGAGAUCAUGCCGGUGCUGUCCUACUCCUACCUGGCAGUGCUGGUGCCCGUGUUCCUGCUGACCGACUACCUGCGCUACAAGCCGGUGCUGGUGCUGCAGGGCCUGAGCUACGUGGUGGCGUGGCUCCUGCUGCUGCUCGGCCACUCCGUGCUGGACAUGCAGCUCAUGGAGUUCUGCUACAGCGUGACCAUGGCCGCGCGCAUCGCCUACUCCUCCUACAUCUUCUCGCUCGUGCGCCCCGAGCGCUACCAGCGCAUGGCCGGCUACUCCCGGGCAGCGGUGCUGCUCGGCGUCUUCACCAGCUCCGUGCUGGGCCAGCUGCUGGUCAGCGUGGGCCGCGUGUCCUUCGCCACGCUCAACCACAUCUCGCUGGCCUUCCUCGCCUUCAGCCUGGUGCUCGCGCUCUUCCUGAAGCGGCCGCGGCGCAGCCUCUUCUUCAACCGGCCCGAGCCCGCGCCCACCUCCGAGCUGGCCCCCAUGCAGGGGGGCGCCCGGGGCUGGCGGGACUGGACGCUGCCGCGCAUGCUGCGGGAGCUGGGGCUGGGCCUGCGGCGGCCGCAGCUGCGCCUCUGGUCGCUCUGGUGGGUCUUCAACUCGGCGGGCUACUACCUGGUCGUGUACUACGUGCACAUCCUCUGGAGCCUCCUGCAGCCCAUGCAGGACGCCGCCUCGGCCUACAACGGCCUGGCCGACGCCGCCUCCACGCUGCUGGACGUGCUGGGUGUUCUCACUGCCCUGUGA